AUGAGUCCCCAGAACAGCACCGCCAAGAGGACCCUCAUGGGAAUCCACUUGCACCUCCAGCCAACGCCCUUCCUGAUGCCAGAAGUAAGGAAAUUCCUAAAGAUCAACUCUCUACCCCUCGCCCCAACCCCAAAACACACACCCCAUAAGAAGAGAACUGGACUGAACCGGACCAGAACCAGCCUAGAGCUACAGGCAUGUGGGAAGGGUGAGGCCUCCCUGAAGACGCGAGCCACGGGAGCAUGCCCUGACAGGGAGCUGGCCAGCAGCAGCUGGGUUGGGAGUGGCAGGGGGCUCCAUGCAGGCGGGAGAAAUCAAGUAGGCAAAGAAAGAUACAGGAGCAGCAAGAGCCUCUAUCCAGAGUGGUCAGAAGGUACAGAGUUCUUGUCCAGAAAGGACAUGAAAACCUGUCCAAGAACCAGGCCCGGUUCCUUGCCUGCUCUCCCCAGCACUUGGAGGGCUCCACAGUUGGCCGGAGCUGUAUCACUCACAGCAGAUUUUACAAGCCUGUCCUUCUGCCAGGACCCUUUUAGAAGUGAAAAUAGCUGGAAUAAGCCUCUGCUUUCCCUAAACCAUGAACGCAUCUCACCAUACCUCAAGCUGCGAUGUACUGCUGUGUCAGCCCACACCCCAGCACACCUCCUGGAGGAACCCGUCCGAGCAACCUCAGCAGGGUGCGCUGAGGACCCAUUCUGCACACGUUUAAAUGCAGGGUCGGAUUUUAAACAGGAUAUCCAGCUGGAGACAGAAGGUAACGGUCGUCUUGGUCACUGCUAAGAAGACCUAAUCAUGCAAGACAUACAGCUCAUAAAAAAGAAAUGUUUUCAACGCUUCGUGGCACCCUGCUGGGACAGCCUCUGCCUGGUCAUUCCAUCCCAGGGGUGAUUAACCAUCCCAGCGUUAGGGCCUGGGACUUUGCUAAUGUGCUUUCAGGUCAGCCACAAAAAUAUUUCUAAGAUUUCUUAGCUAAUGGUGCAUU